CUAAGUUAUUGAAAUCACCAAUUGAAUUUUAUUGAUUCUUUUUUUUAAAUUGGCAAGGAGCAAGCGGAAUAAUUAAUUCUGGAAUAAAUACUUGUAGUCAUAUAAAAUGAGAGAUCUUCACUCUUAGGGUUUGAGGCGCCGCACACAAGCUAUAGGAAUUCUAGACUCUUCUCCCCAAACUCAACCCUAAAUCUUCACUCAUAUCUCUGCGGGAGUGCCACUCUCACUGAUUUUCACUGAUUUUCACCAAUCGUAUCAAUUCUUGUCUGUCGAGAAUGACGUUUAAGAGAAGGAACGGCGGUCGCAACAAGCACGGUCGUGGACACACCAAAUUCAUCCGCUGCUCCAACUGUGGUAAAUGCUGCCCCAAGGACAAAGCUAUCAAGAGAUUUUUGGUGAGGAACAUUGUCGAGCAAGCUGCAGUUAGGGAUGUACAAGAAGCUUGUGCUUUUGAUGGGUACACCCUUCCCAAGCUGUACGUGAAGAUGCAAUACUGUGUCUCAUGUGCCAUUCACUCUAAGGUGGUGAGGGUUCGUUCAGUUACGGAUAGGAGAAACAGAGAGCCCCCACAGCGCUUCAGGCGCCCAAGGGAUGAUAUGCCAAAGCCCGGUCAAGCUCCUCGCCCAGGUGGCCCCCCUCCUCAAGCUCCUCGCACUUGAUAUGCUUGCUCGCCUAGGUGGCCCCCCUCAAGCUUUUAUGUGCAAACAGAAUUAUUGAAUUCAGUAAACUGCUCGUUAUUUCUUAUUUUAAAGUGCAUGUUGUCCAUUUUAUGAAAUCUUUACCUGUCUGCAAAAUGACAUGAUAUUUUUUCUUUGAAUUAUUAUAAAAACGUUAACAGGUUGUGUCGUUUGCAGAA